AUGGAUGCGCCGAACGCGACUCUUGCCACUCUCUAUGCUCAACCCAGAAAACCUCCAAAUGCCGUGAUGGAUCUCGACUCUCAUCCAGACGAUCGAACUCGUCGAGCUGCCAGUGUCCUAUCUAUGGACGACCUCGAGGCUGCGCAAGCUCUUGAAGGCCUUCGUACCGAAUACGGACAAUCACCACGAACAUCAAGGCAAACAAUCCCGGGGACAACGCCGAACUCUACACAAACAGCAGAGCCGCUUCUCUCGCUGCUCACAUCCUCACAUCCUUUAAUUUCCUCCGCUAUUAACGGGUCCGUAUCCGCAUACGCAACCUCCAAGUCCUACUCUGCACGUUUCAAGUCCAGCGCCGAGUUUAUCGAGCGUAAUAUCGGCUCACCGGUCGCGAACACGGUGGGCACGGUCGGUCGCAAGACUGGAGUUGAAAGUGGUCUGCGCUGGGCGCUGCAGCGCCGAGAAUCCUCACAGGACUCAAACCAUACUAGCAAGCGCCGGAAAGUGAACGGUGAAACCCCGUCGGAUAUGGAUGUGGAGAAGGGUCCAGAUGAAGCGAUGGUCCAGAGCCAGAACCAGAACCAGCCACGGACACGAAGCUCUUCUGAUCUAUCCAUGGCCGAGACGCUUCCUCCGUACGACGAAAUGCGGUCGCCGCGCUACGAAGAGAAGCCCGGACGACAGACCCCGACUUGGCAGAGUCGACUGGUGAUUUCAACAUCGGGUCUAGGUGUGGCCAUGAGCGAAGAGUCACUCCGAAGCCUGACCUAUUGUUUGACCUGGUUACGCUGGGCAAACGGCCGACUCGGCAAGGCCAUCGUGGCGCUUCAGAAUGCGCUGACGGAAUGGGACAACCAAAAGAAAAGCCAGUCGCAGCAAAGCGACCUGGAAGGCGGAGAAAGUGCGUCGCUCUUGACACAGCGCAUCCAGGCCGUCAAAGCCGACGUGCUAUCAACGCUGAAGCAGGUUGUCGACGUCGUAUCCAAAUAUGCCGGCGGUGCGCUGCCAGAGAAUGCCCGCCACUUAGUACGACGACACCUGACCUCUUUGCCCCACCGAUUCCAGAUGGCCAGCACAUCGCAACCACCACCUGGUUCCGUAGAGGCCUCUUCAGAUGCGACCGUUGGUGCGCACCGAAUCCUCGUUCUGGCCAACGAAAGUUUGGAUAUUCUUGGCCAGGUUAGCGGGGUAGUCAACGACACCCUUGUCAGUGCUGAGCACUGGUGCGAACGGCUUGGGCGCAAGCGCCCCGACAACAAAUCCGCACAGGAUGCGGAAAAACAGAAUCCUUCUGCGACUCCGGACGCUCAACCGUACGGAAUGGAUGUUAAGCAGCCUUUGGCUCUGGAGCCUGAGCCUGCUCCUCAGGAGGACGUGCAGAUGGCUGGAACUACGAAAGUCUGA